UCUGAAGGAUUUACACCGGAAGUCGUGAUGUUGCUGCAGCUGCUGGAUCUCGGGCGAAUGAAAAAAUCAAUUAAGUUAUGAAAAAUACCAUUAAUUGCCUUUCUUUGUCGCCGCGGCUCAUGAAGAAAUGGCGGAUCUUCAGACGUUGUGCAUCUGAGGCAGAACACUUCGCGCCCGAUGGCGUGUUUACCGACGAUAAAAAGCACUUCAGUGGACAGCAAUAUUUACGUUUUUUAGAAAUACUUGCAGAUAAAUCCCAAACACAUGAGAAUGAGCUGAUGGUUGUGGAAGUCUGCAAGAAGACAUCACAAAUAAAAGAGUGGCUGACCGGAAGAUGCCAAGAAAAAAACAACUGAAUCCACAGCCAGUCAAGUUGGAUUCUGAAGAUGUUGUAGCCACUGACGUCCCAGGAAACCUCUCAUUAGACACUGAUUUCCUUCUUGGACAAGACCUUGAGUUUGGUGAUCCAGAUCGUGACCACAAGAUUUUAGGCCUGGAAAAAUUUUCAGAGGUAGCUGCUGAGAUUGGUUUCUCUGUUUAUCCUCUGGGUGAUGAGGAGAGUCCUGCCUACAGCCAGCUCAGCAUGGAAAGUGAAACAGACAACUCUCGCAGCACGACGGACAACGGCAGGGAUGAUGAGGGCAGAGCAGCCCACUCAGAGCCCACUUUCCCUCCAUACCUGUCCUGCAGGGGCUGUGGUCAACUGCGCGAUGAACCUCUAGGACCUGGCAUUGACCUUGUUGGUCCAUAUUGCCUUAGGUGCUGCAAAGCCUCCAGAGAAGCCAAAAGUACAGACUUCUGUUUACCUUUUGGAGGCAUCAGCGGGAUUCGCUCAGGUUCCCAUUCGCAGCUCGACGAUGAAGAAAUGGGAAACGGCAUGGGCGAGCGAGCACUGACAGCUGAGGAGAAAUUGUCCAAACUACACUCGUGCCACCUCUGUGGCUUCUCCUCGCGCUACGCCAACCACGUCAAGCGCCACAUGAAGACGCACAAUGGGGAGAAGCCCUAUAACUGCCCCCUGUGCACUUACGCCUCAGCCCAGCUGGUGAACCUGCAGAGACACCUGCGCAUUCACACGGGGGAAAAACCUUACAAAUGUGACAGCUGCACUUUUGCGUGCAGUUCCCUCGGUAACCUUAAGAGGCACCAGCGCAUGCACGUGCCCUCUGCAGGGAUGGGACAUGACCUCCCGCCGAGACCUGCCAGCAGCCACAUCAGUCUGAAGAGGCAAGUGAGUGGGUCGAGGUCCAGUGGAGAAGAGUCUGGUGCUUCAGCCAGAGUUUCACAGGUUACAAGGCCGACGUCAAACCUGAAUCUGGGAGCCCAGAACAAUGACUACCUGUCCGCCUUUGAUAGCUUAAAGGGAGCAUCACCACCCCCCAUACCAGCCUCUAAUCCUGCUCCUGGCCACCAGCCUCCACCUGUUCUGCAGUCUACAGGCAGAGAGGGCAACAGGACAACAAGGGAGGGCAUAGCAGAUGGUGCCACCCUCCCCCCUUCACUUUUCCCUUUCACCUGCCGGUUGUGCGGCAUCGUCCUGGAGGACGAGGACGGCUCUUCAGCCCAAAUAUGUGCCAAGUGUACCCUUGAAAUGCUGACUAAAGAUGCCUCAUCCUCUCCCAACAGCCCCGGUGAGCGCAGUGACAAGGUGUACACCUGCGCCGCCUGCCCCUUCCUCACACACUACCCCAACCACUUGGCACGCCACAUGAAAACGCACAGCGGCGAGAAGCCGUACAAGUGCCCACAGUGCGACUACGCCUCAGCGCACUUCGACAACCUCAAGCGCCACCACAGGGUGCACACGGGCGAGAAACCAUACAAGUGCCAUUUGUGCGAUUACGCCUGCGGGAACCUGGCCAACCUGAAGCGCCACCAGCGGGUGCACUCGGGCGCCAAGCCUUUCCAGUGUGCCGUGUGCAGCUACAGCUGCAACCAGAGCAUGAACCUGAAGCGUCACAUGCUCCGGCACACUGGAGAGAAACCGUACAAGUGUCGGGAGUGUGGAUACACGACCGGCCACUGGGACAAUUACAAGAGACACCAGAAGAAACACGGCCUGGCCACGGACGGCUGGGUCAAGGUGCCUAUGACUGGAAAUGAUAAAGAUGAUGAAGUACGGAAAAGGUUGGGAGUUGGAGUCCAGGCUCACAGAAAAGAAGCAGGAGUUGAUAUGCAGUAUAUGCCGGAGGGAGGUCAGACUAUACACCUGUGCUACAAACUUGAGAUUACAUAAAAGAAAACUCAGUGGAACUAAGCUACCAGCAACUCAUUUUUUUUAUUAUUAUUAAUUUUCACAGAGCCUUUAUAUUGUUUCAGUGUGUGUGUGUGUUAAAGUGUUUUGUCAGAUGUCUUCGGAGGCUGCUAAUUGUUUAUUUGUAGAAUCUCGCACAAUUAGGAAAAAGAAUCGUUGUGAAUAAUUUGAUGCCUUUUGGAUUAUGUAAGGUGGACGAGUCUGUUCGUAGUUUGUCUUUUCACUCUGUUGCUCUGUUUGUGUUGAGACUAAUGGACCGUCUCUCCUGUUGAAGUGUCCUCACUGUCUCUUCCUGUUGUUUUUCAGUCCGGGACGCGACACGACAACACAAACCAAAUUCUCCUGAACUCAUUCACACAGAACUGGUGCACAUUAAACGCCCUGAUCUGCUGAGCUGCACUGUGUAGUUUUCUUUAUUUAAUAUGAGAUUAUUUCUACUUCCAUCAAAGUCUUAAACAUCUUCAUAACCAUAGGAAAUAACAUGAAUGUAACUACUAUAACCUGGUAACUUUUACUUGUCAAAUUUAAACAUGUGCCGACACACAGACUACACAGUGCAGCUCUGAGUGAAGACCGGUGUUUGUAAGCGGUCAGUAUUGUGCUUUCAUCGCAUUGAGGCACAACUCUGACAAUGGCAUGAAUUUACUUAUGUAUGUACUACUAGCAAAGUGAUGUUUACUAGUACUGGAAUUGUUUUACACUUGUUAAACUCUAAUGAACUUGUCUUGAACUGUAUCGUCCUCUUUUGCCGAGCCCCGCAGGAUAGAAGUGAUGUGGUAAACAGAUGUUGGCAAAAAGUGAAAAUGUAAUAAAAAAGUAGUUUCUGGUCAUUUUAACAUUAAAAUUGCAUGCACGAGCAUUUUAGUUUUUUUGGCUUAGGUUGUAUGGUUAAAGGGAAAAAGCACAGUCAUACACACAGCUACAAUUUGGCAGGUUUCUGUUUCUGUUUGAGCGCCAAAUAAAGUCAGAAGUGAUUUUA